AUGGGACCUCCAGUAGCGCAAACGAAAAAGUUGAACGUUCCUCGACGUACGAAAAUUUUCGUUGAUCAGACAAUUCGUGAACGAGAACAAGCACAAACCAUGCAUCAAGUACGUUAUUCUCUUAUCACCUCAACGUUUAACUCAUUCAUUCAUUUUUAA